AUAUCUGUGCCCCAGUUCAGUUAGAGCAGCAGCAGCAGCAGCAGCAGCAGCUCAGUCUGUCACAGGCUCACACACUCAGACCCAGUGUGUUGAGGGAUUUGAUUGUAGUGUGUUACCAUAAGAAGAAGAAGAAGCAGUGGAUUGUGUCAACUCCAAAGUUUCCACCCAUGUGAGGUAAGGACAAGAACAAGGUCUACAUCCCCACCUUCAUCCGUCCAUCAACAAACCCUGAGCGUCAGUGCUGGCCACCCACAGGUCAAGUCAACCACGUUGGGUUCACCGCACAAUAAAAAGCCCUGACCCGCCGUCCCUCAGGCUGCAAGCACAGAACAAAUAUUUGAGGCCAUUACAUCCAAAUUCUGCUGGCAGCUGUCAGUGCGAAGACCAACAGUGAAGGGUGUCAUUGGGAGAUAAAAAAGAGUGAGAAGGAAGUCAAAAGUGGGGGGAGGAAAGAGAAAACCCUUUCAAGUGCUAUUUUUGACCCAGGACUGAGGGCGGAGGAGGGCAUCGGAUUUGGGCGGCGUUUUGGCUGACAGGAAAAGCACUUCACAGGCGGCCAACCUUUCUUUCCACAUGUCUCAGUAAAUGCUGUGUGCGCCAGAUCGUCUGGUGUUAGAAAGGCAGAGCUGGACUGCAGAAAUCCACAGAAAACAAAGAAGAGAAAAUCACAACAAAAUUUGAAUUCUGUGGGUUCGUCAAAUUCAUCUUUUAACCCAGGGCAGACUGUCGAAACCAAAAAAAAAAAGGCCCCGGUGGCGUUUCUCCAACAGCUCCAUCUCGGUAGAAACUGCUGGGACAGUUUUGAUGCCUUUCCUACAUCGCUGAGUCAGCAUGAAGCCCCUUACUCCGAUUGGAUCUCCAUCUCCACUGAGGCUCCUCAACAAGGGCCCCGACUACCUUCGCCGGCAGAUCGAUGGAGGCGGCCAUGGCCGCUCCGUCAGUGCGGUGGAAAGGUUGGAGGCCGACAAGGCAAAGUACGUGAAGAGCCAGAAGGUCAUCAACACCAAGCAGGACCCGGUCCUGGUUCCCUGCGCCACACCACCACCGCAACUUCGUCGAAAUGUGUUCUCUCUGCAUGGAUCACUCGACACUCCCUUUUCCACCAUCUCCGGCUCCGUCACUUCGCGGGAUGAGAAUGAAAAUGAGGACUCCAGAAAGGAGAACAGGCGGACCUCACUCGACACCCACAGUAGCAACAUGAAGAACUCACUACCUUCCAGUCCCAGGACUCCUUGUGCGAGAACCUUUGUGGCUCCUCACAGCGCUCCGGUGCUUAGGAGGAGCACGGGCAAACGUAUGCUGAGACCAGACUCCCUUGUCAUGUACAUACAGAAGAAAGAGUUUAAAACCCCCGGUUCUGCCGAAGAGGACAACAACAACGCAGAGCUGAAGGGAUACAACUUUGUCCGUCGCCUCUUUCAAGGAUCCAUGAGGGAGAAGAACGAAAGGAUUCAGAAGAUGGUGAUUGGUGAAGAAAAGGCGCCGUCACAGGAUGAAGACUCCCGCAUGUCAUGGACCAACGACAAGGACACGACGGACGGUUUCGUACAGAGUAGACGAUCGAGUAAAACCGAUCAGGAGCACAACACUUUUUCCACUCCUGGAUUUAACUGUACCCUUGAAAGGAUUAAAAAUGGAUGUACAAACGGUAUCAGGCAAGAGCCUAACAACACCAAGGAAAAACAGAUCAUUCACACUACUGACGAGAAUGACCCUUGGAAAAGGGCGUCUCCUCCUCCAGGACCAAGAAGACCAUUCGGGGAGCUUCGUCGUUCCAUGUCGGACCUGCAUUUGCACUACACCGUAGCUUUAUCGCAAAAGGAACACUUCUUUGAUUUCUGUGGUCUGGAUAUGGACAUGGUCGAACGCCUGGGCCGGGAGAACUUCCUCUCCGGAGCUAGCUCGAUAGACACUCUAUCGCUCGCUCUCCGCAGCGUAGGUGGAGACGCAGGCUUGGGCUCGGAGGUUAGCGAGUUCUCCAGACAUUCUGGGGAUGGACUGUUCGAGGAGGAACUGGCAGAACAGCUGCCGUCCGGCGUGUCCAUCAUUGAGAGGAACGCCCGUGUCAUAAAGUGGCUCUACGGCUGUAAGAACGCAGUGAGAGAGGGACCUAAAGAGUCUACGGUUUAGUACAAGGAACUCUGAGAAUCAUAUUGUUCUGAGAAUCUGACCAACUAUCUUAAGCUCUGUAAUGAUCCUUCCCGUCUGUUUAAAAAGGAACCUAAAGGAAAAUGUUAUUGAAAAGACUUAAAAACAACUUCCACUUCACGUCAUUUGGUCAAAAAGUUUCACAUUUAAAAGAAAAGGACUUAUUUUUCCCGCGUCAAGGCUUCGGAGAAUCAGCUGGUUACUCAUUCUCUGUGUCUGACGUCACUGUUGUCCCCCCGCUAGUACUCAACAGGAAGUGGACCAACCAGUAGCUGCUAAUGGUUUCACUCAGGGUCAGAAUUCCCAGGCACUUUGUUACCUUUCUCGAUCCAGUAUCCAAAAAGACGGCUUCUUCUUCUUUGACCUGCAAGAAAAAUCGACUACAGAUUUUGUUUAAACGUUCAAUGAAAGUGUUCUUCGGUCUUCGUCCCGUUACUAGAUCCCGUUGCUAUGUCUGCCAAAAAAUAUGUCCAAGUUCUAAAUGAGGAUCAUAUCUGACCCCAAAGUCACAAACACAGCCCUGGAAUCCCAUUAAUGUGGAGGCGAACCAUUCUUCUAGUAUUUAAAGCAAAAGGUCACAGGUUUGAGUCUUUGCUGUGACGACUCCAACACUGCUCUCUCUCUCUCUCUCACUCUCUCUCUCUCUCUUUUUUUUUCUCUUGAAAUGAAAAAAACCACUAAAUAUGUGCUUUUGUUUUUCUGAAGUGAAAACACUGCUGCGUGAGGGUGAAGUGAACCACGAGUACCUCAGUCUGAUCUGUCCCGGUUCAGUGCAUGUUGCCAUUUUGUUUUUUUCUCUUUGACUUUAACGCAGGCGUUGGAACAUACCCCUGUGGGGUUGAUAAUGCAAUGAACUGGACACAGGAAGAGGAAGGGAGAAAAGGAGGGAGCGAAAAAAAAAAAAAAGAUUAUGAAAUAGUAGCGAGCACAUCAAUCACAGUACUGCAUCGGGAAGGCAAGGCUGGUCAGGACAUUUUUUUAUCAUAACCACCUCAUUAUUUCUUUAGUUCCCCUGUACAGUAGAGAUAAAGAUGAUAAACACGGUCCAAUAAUCACUGGGGAGGCAGUUAUUGAUUAACACAGAGAGGGUUUCUGCUCCCUGUUCACGGCAUUACAAAACUGGAAAAACACAGGCCUUUGAGAAGCUAUUAAAGGAAACACGACAAGAUUUAACUGUCCUCUAAGUGAUAAGCCAUGCUAACCGCUAACGGAGGCAUUUGUUCUUGUUCUAGAUAUUUGUCAUGUGUUGUUAUUAUUCACAGCGAAAUAAUGUUAAUUUAACAUUUACUAUUUACAAAGUGCUAGAUUCCAUUUUACAUGUAGGAAAUCACUUAUCACCUAAGUCUUUACAAACAGAUGGUGUUCUGCAGCUAAAAGCAUAAAUUGUAGCGUAACACAAGGUUCCCAACCCCCGGUCCGGGGAUCGUUGCUGGUCCGUAGGUAAUUUUCUACUGGGCGACAGUGGGACACUGUGAAAAAAUUAACUUCAUUCCAAAAGAAUCCAGUCAUAUCCCUUUACUUUUUUCAUUCAAAGAUAAUCUGACAAUGUUUCAAAACAACAGGUCAUUCAGACUCUGAUACUAACAGAGGUCAAAAGUCUUUUAUUUUGAAAAUUGAAUGAUCCUUUAAGGAUGGAGCGGUAUUAGUGGUCCGCAGUAAUAGCCGAAACCAGUCGACCGGUCCAUGGUACGAAAAAGGUUGAGUACCGCUUAACUAAGGCACGUGUCAAACUCAAGGCCCGGGAGACAGAUGUGGCCCACCAAGUCCUUUUGUAUGGCCCGCAUCAGUUUAAAAAGCAUUUGAUAAAGUCCAUAUAGAAGUCUCAUAUAAAAUAUGUUUUAUUUUGGAAAUUUAAUGAUAGUGGUAAUACUGGUUCGCAAUAACGGCUGGUACCAGUCGACCGGUCCAUGGUACAGAAAACGUUGGCUGGGCUGGUAUAACAGAUAGUUCCUGUCACUACGUUAUCACUGGUUUAAGCUCUUAGCCCUUGCUGUGAAAUAACACCUAGUCCUUUGUAGUAGUUCCUAUCCUGAGAUAUAGAAUAUCACCCAGUGAAUAUCUUUAACUCCCAAAAUAUCAGUAAAGACUCUUUGACUUGAUAAAAUAUUGACUCCAGACAUUUACCUUCGGUCUUCACGUUCACCCUGCCAUGAUAACAGGAUUCGUCCAACCUGCGCUCAUUCGCCCUCCCAUCAUUAUCACGAUCGUAAUUCUUCUUAUACUUCACCUACCGUUGAACCUCCUCAUCCUCUUCCUCCAACUGGGUUGUGUCAUUUUAUCUGUCUCUAUUGAAAAAAAACAAACACAUUUUUGUUGCAUGUUUACAAAGCUGGCUCUGUACAUUGUGGUAAUCAGGAGAUGUCUGUGAUAUAGCUAUAAUAGAGAGAUUUACAUUUGAUUCCAUAAAAUGUGUAUGUUUUCUAACAUGAAUAAACCAAA